AUGAUUCCCAACCUCUCCGCCCUCGAGAACCACUUCGGCGCCGCCGCCGCCGGCAGCGACGACUUCGCCGGCCUCUUCUCCGCCGACGCCGCCGACCAGCUCGCCCUCGAGUUCCCCACCUGCAACGACUUCGAUGGGUUCCAGAAGGCGACCAAGGAGAUGGUGAACAACAAGAAGGGGACCACCACGCUCUCCUUCAUCUUCGACAAGGGCGUCAUCGUCGCCGCCGACUCCCGGGCCAGCAUGGGCGGCUACAUAUCUUCGCAAACUGUGAGGAAAAUCAUCGAGAUUAAUCCCUACAUGCUGGGAACCAUGGCUGGAGGUGCUGCUGAUUGCCAAUUUUGGCAUAGAAACUUGGGGCGGCUCCAUGAGCUGGCGAACAAGCGGAGGAUCUCCAUUGCUGGUUCUUCAAAGACGUUGGCUAAUAUCCUUUAUUCAUACCGCGGGAUGGGACUUUCAAUCGGUACCAUGAUUGCUGGAUUUGAUGAAACUGGUCCGGGCUUGUACUAUGUUGAUAGCGAGGGUGCAAGGCUCAAGGGAAGCCGAUUCUCUGUUGGUUCUGGCUCUCUAUAUGCUUAUGGUAUCUUGGACGAGGGUUACAAAUUCAACAUGUCAGUUGAGGAAGCUGCUGAGUUAGCUCGGCGGGCUAUUUACCACGCAACAUUCCGUGACGGAGCUAGUGGUGGCUGUGUUAGUGUCUACUAUGUUGGCCCUGACGGCUGGAAGAAGUUGUCUGGAGAUGAUGUUGGAGAGCUGCACUACCACUACUACCCAGUCCAGGCGGCUCCUGUCGAGCAAGAGAUGGCCGAGGCCCCUUCUGCGUCAACCUGA